AUGCCCCGCCCCGGGGCCCAGAUUCUGGCGUCCGGGGGCGGACGGAAGACGCCCGGCCCGUCUACCCGCCCCGGGCCGCGUCUGUUCCGACAGGCGGGGCUGCCAGAGCAAAAGGGGAGAGGGAAGGCCACCCGGCCUGGGACCUGCCCCGGGCGUUCCACCCUCGAACGCAAGCCUUCAGCUUCCUCCCUCAGGCACAGGAGUCCGGGGUCUCGGCCUCUCCUCCCUCAGACCCAGGAGUACAGGUUCCCAGUCCCUCAGACCCAGGAGUCCGGGCCCCCUCCACCCCCUCCUCCCUCAGACCCGGAAUCUGACCUGAACUCUCUGUACCCCUCCCCAGGUGUUUGCCGACUGCUCCUGGUCGUGCUGAGCCUGUGGCCAGACAGCGCUUUUGCUCCUGGGCCACCUCCUGGACCCCCACGAGCCUCCCCAGACCCACGAGCAGAGCUGGACAGUGCUGUCCUCCUGACCCGCGCCCUCCUGGCAGACACUAGGCAGCUGGCGGCACAGCUGAAAGACAAAUUCCCAGCCGAAGGAGACCACAGCCUGGACUCCCUGCCCACCUUGGCCAUGAGCGCAGGAGCACUGGGAGCCUUGCAGCUCCCGGGAGUGCUGACACGACUGCGGGCCGACCUGCUGUCCUAUCUGAGGCAUGUGCAGUGGCUGCGCCGGACCGGCGGACCUUCUCUUCGGACCCUGGAGCCUGAGCUGGGCACCCUGCAGGCCCGGCUGGACCGGCUCCUGCGCCGGCUACAACUCCUGAUGUCCCACCUGGCCCUGCCCCAGGCAUCCCCAGAUCCCCCGGCGCCCCCACUGGCCCCUCCUGCCUCAGCCUGGGGAGGCGUCAGGGCAGCCCACGCCAUCCUGGGGGGAUUGCAUCUCACUCUCGACUGGGCCGUGCGGGGGUUGCUGGUGCUGAGGACUCGGCUGUGA